AUGAGAGGGAACUUCUCAUCCUCAGGCCGGAUCGUGGGAGGCGAAGACGCGAAGCCGGGGACAUAUCCCUGGAUGGCUGCUCUUCUCGAUAAGCGUUUCCCUCGAAGACCUUUCUGUGGCGGGUCCCUCAUAACUCCCGUACAUGUCCUAACUGCUGCUCACUGUGUCGAUGAAAUUCUUAAAAAUCCGAAACCAUUCAAAGUUAGGAUCGGUGAAUAUGACUUCGACACGGACUUCGAGACAGAGCAUAAGGAUAUCCCCAUCGGAAAAGUCCACGUUCAUCCCGACUAUAAGGAGACUGACUUUGCCAUUCACAAUGACCUGGCUAUCAUUGAACUGGAUGGUUCCGGAAUGGAUGGAACUUGGACUGCCUGCCUUCCCGACGUACGCGAAGACUUCCGGAAUCGCGAGGCCAUCGUUAUAGAUGAAAAGUGCGGUGUGUCCCUGGUACAAAAUGCGGGGAUCUUGAAGAACAGCGUCAAUUCGACGGCAUAGCUUCAACAGGCUUCGUUCCAAACCCUUCUCAGUCUUCAUUUUCUCUUUGCGGUCUCUGUCUGUCAUUGGACCUCAUUUUUCUGAUACACUCGCAUGCCGGAGAACAAUUGUUUGGAGCUCUUCGUUCGUCAAUGUCCGAAAACAAAAGUGAAUGCGACUGAAACGGCCAUUGAUUCCUCUUCCUAUGUGCUCCAAAGAUCUAUACGGAUUCAAUAUUACUAGCUCAGGUUAAAGCAUUUCUUUUCCCCCAUUGUAGGUGAAAGAUCACAAUUUUUCCAUUUUCAAUUGCACCUCAUUGUUCCAUGAUUCCAGGAAAAGUCCAAACAUAUUAAUCAAGGAAGUCAAAAAAGCUGUAGAAAAUACAUAAAAUUCGUCCUCAGACUCCGACUAAAGUUCCAAUCAGGAACGUCACCACGAAUGAAAUGUUUGUGAACUGCAUUACCACCAGGUUUCCCGAGGCAUGCAGAGUAAUCGAACUCUGGAAAGGAAAAGGCGGUUUAAAUCUCCUUUAGUGGGGCUAAUGAAAGUUUAAAGCUUCAUUGCCCAUAAUGUCAGUUUUAUGCAACCCAUUCUUAGUCCCUUAGGAAAAGAUGACCACUGGU